AUGGACGAGGCGGACGAUGACACCCUCACCUUCAAGGUCGGCUUCACCGCCGCCGGAGAGGAGCAGUUCCGGGAGCUCGUGAGGGAGAAGCUGCGCGGGUUCAAGAGGGACGUGGACGACACCCUCGUGGAAUAUGUUACUAUCAUGCUCAAGAAUGGAAAACGGGAUGAUACUGCUGCAUUCAUUUCCUGGUUGUGGGACCAUCUUUCUUUAAAUAUGCACUUAUAUGUGCAAGCACAAGAAACUCAGGAGGUUAAGGAUGAUGAAGCCCCCAAAGAAGUAUCUGGAAGAGAAAAAUCAUCAGAUGUGCUCCCGAGAAGCAAAUGUCAAACUCAUUCUGAGCACACAAUUGAAUCAAGUGCAGCCAGUACUAGGAGACGGAAUAAACGGGAAUGGAAAGGAAUUGGUCGGGAGGGUAAUGAAAAAUUUCCACUUCGAAAUGUACUAACUGAUAUUCUUCAUGGGGAGGAGAAAAGAUCACAAAAGUCCAAUGAAAUACGACACCCUCCAAAACAACAAAACGGCAUAAAGCGUGACAGGGAUGACGAGCCACAGCAAACAAAGAGAGACGUCUCAUCACGCCCCAUGCUUGGUGGUGGUGCUUCCCGUCGUCUUCUACAGUUUGCUGUUCGAGAUGCAGUAAAAGCUGUACAGCCAACCAGCACCUCUGCUGAACCAGCAUCCAAGCGUCUGCGAGCUGCAGCGGAAGCUGCUGCAGAUUCUACAAAGGUUAGAUCUACUGGAAGUGUUUUCAAGCGAUUGGGUCAAGGGAAUGUUGUGAAACAGCCAUCUCGUUCUCGUGAAGAGAAGAGAGAUUAUGAAGAUUUUGAGCCAGUUACGACCGCAGAUGAACAUGAUUCCGAUCUAUAUGUUAAUAAUGUGGAAUCUGAAGAGGAAUCUGGAGAGCUGACCAUGGCAGAUAGGGUAGCUGGAAUGAAUGUUGAUUCGAGCUCUGAAGAUGAUAUGGACCAAGAUGAGGGGAUUACAAGAUACCAAACUUCUCUUUCACAUGAAGAUACUUUCUCACCAUUUGCAGAGAAGAAAACUGUAUCGGCACAAUGCAAUGUUGAACCAGAGACUCGUGCAAUAAGUCCCUCAAGUGUGAAUGAUGAGGUGCAACCUGUUCCUUCAUCAACAAAAACCGCAAGUAAAGCUGUGGCUGUUUCUGUUGAUGUAAAUAUGGUGGAACCUCCCAGUUAUGAAACACCAAAAGAUGUUCAUGUUGUGGAGAAGCCUUAUGUUACGCCCAUGAAUUCAAAUGCCACCAGUGUGGCUACCAAUGCCAAAGAAUUAGGCCAUGCAGAAGUUCAAAAGGAUUCUCAGCGGUCUGCACCAUCUGUUCCGGUUUCCUAUAGUACAGCGCAUCCGACGGAGGAUGCAGAUUCGAGAACGCUUUAUGUUAGCAAUGUUCACUUUGCUGCCACCAAGGACUCAUUAUCUCGCCAUUUCAACAAGUUUGGUGCAGUGCUGAAAGUAGUCAUUGUCACUAAUGCUGCAACGGGCCAGCCAACAGGGUCUGCCUAUGUAGAGUUCUUACACAAAGAAUCAGCUGAACGAGCGUUGUCGUUGAAUGGCACAUCAUUUAUGACUCGUAUUCUCAAGGUCGUCCGGCGAAGUUCUCAUGAAGCAGCUCACUUUUAUGGUUGGCCUGGCAGUGGACGGUCAUCAUUAUAUGGUAGGCAUGGUAGGAUGGCAUACCCAAGAGCUGUUCUCCCCGGUGGUUCCUUUAGAGGGCGUGCUCUGAUGAAAGCUGGCGCUAGAAGUUUACAGUGGAAACGGGAGCCUUCAGGCACUGAUUCAAGUGCAGGUGCGAAAACUGACAUGAGUGUGCCAUUUUCCUCUGAACAGGUGCUCCCACCUGCAACAUAG